AUGGACGCGGAAGCACAUAACUACAGUACCGUCGAUAUCCUCAUAGGAAUAGACAACUAUUGGGAUGUAGUCGAAUUCAAUUCCAAUCGUCAACUUCCAUGCGGCUUAGUUGAAUCGAAGAACAAAACUUGGACCGGUACUGUAUGUUCAGCGCCCGCUUCAUCACGAACGAGUUCCGUCUGUAAGGGAAAAUCCGACCACGACCACCAAUCAGUGAGCGAUAUGGAUCACCUAGUGCAACGUUUGUUUGGUCUAGAAUCCUUCGAGACGGGAGACGAAACAGACGACAUUAACAAGAGUAUAAUCCAACAAUACUACGAUACAGUUCAAAUCAAGAAUGUACGCCAUAAUCCCAAGAUAUGGGCAGAAUACUGCAAGACCUUUGAGCAGCAAAUUCAGUCAGGAAUAAUUGAAGAGGUGGACGAAGCGCUCAGUUCAAGGGAAAUGGGUAUAUUACAUUCCUCAUCAAGCUGCGUUCAAAGAGGAUAG